AUAAAACAUAAUAAAAAACAACUUAAGACGGGAGAACAGAAUACGACUGGAGCUCAGUAUUAAACCUUUAAUGAACCUGCCGAGUGGGUAGGACAGAGAGGUUUUCUUUGAGUUUACUGGACAGACUGGUUUAACAGGCAGGAUUAAAUCACUGAUCGACACUCCGGAGCAGGAGUGGCGGCACUGUACCUCCACCAACGCUUGAUUUAAAAAAAAAAAAAAAAAAAAAAAAACAACGAAGAAGAAGGAAAACAUCCGCUGUCAUAACUGGGGAGCCUGCAGUGAGUGCUGUGUGAUUUUUUCCUUAAGUCCUUAUGAAUUCAGUUUCUCAUCUCUCUUUACCGUUUUCCCGUGAGGUUAAGGACAAGUGGUCAGGAAAGGAUUGGUUUUAUUUACUAUUCGACCGCAGCCCAGCCCUUUCCGUCUUGACCAGAUAUCCGUUCCCUGGAUCGUCCUCGACAGGUUUUCGGUGUGGCUUGCUGGACUUGGUUGUUUCGUGUCGGACUCGUAAAUCAUGAGGAAGUCCCUGAGACGCUCUGGUGAAAUAAAGUAGAUCCUCAUCAGAGGCGAUGAGGACAGCUUACUCCUGGAGGUUGGUCAAGUUACUCGCAGUUUCAGUUGUGCUCGUCCUGUCUGUUGAGUUCAUAGUGAGACCACUGGAUAAACAUUUACCGAAGCCGAGCCCCCUGCCUGUGGAGGAGCACAGGGCCUUAGCCCCUGAGACAUACCAGUAUAUUUUCAACCAGCCCGCAGCAUGCAGGGACAGAAGCCCCUUCCUGGUUUUGAUGGUCCCCGUUGCCCCUCAGGAGGCUGCAGCAAGGGAUGCCAUCAGGAAAACAUGGGGCGCUCCGAGUCAGGACACCCUCACUUUAUUCUACAUGGGCCUGCCUGGGGGGGAGCAGGUGUCGAGCAUCCAGGACAAGCUGGAGGAUGAGAGCAGGAAACAUGGAGACAUCAUCCAGAUGAACUUCCAGGACAAUUACCAGAAUCUGACCAUCAAGGUCAUGAUGAUGAUGAACUGGCUGGCGACCUACUGCCCAAACGCCUCCUACGUCAUGAAGGUGGACGCUGACAUCUUUGUGAACGUGUUCUUCCUCAUCAGAUGGCUGAGAAGCUCUCCACGUGAAGGCUUCAUCACAGGGUCGGUGAUAAGCGAUGGCAGGCCGAGGAGGGACAGUAACAGUAAGUGGCAUGUAUCAGAGGAGCAGUACCCUGAAGACGGCUUCCCCCCGUAUGUGUCCGGAGCCGGGUAUGUGCUCUCUGCAGACCUGGCUGGCAGGAUCUCCUGGGCAUCCAGGUUUGUCCGGAUGCUCCCUCUGGAGGAUGUGUACGUGGGGCUGUGUCUGCGUGUGCUGGGUGUCCGGCCGGUGUAUUCCCUCAGCCUGCUGACCCUCAGGAAUCUGUUUGAAAUAAGAAACUUAGAGUACAACAGGUGCACCUUUGCCAAACACAUCAUCGUUAAUGGGUUAAAGCCAUCAAACCUGCUGCAGGUUUGGCAGGAUUUCUCCAAAGGCCAUACCAGCUGCUGACUGUGAAGUUUUACCAAGGUCUUCACAGGUAACACUAACAUGAGAACUCGAAGCAGGGUUAAAAAUCAUGAAAUAAAUAGCCUGCUGUUAAGGAAAGAAAGCCAUCUAUGGGGUGGGAUGUUCAGGUUAAAGGGUGAGGGGGUGGUGGUGGGUAUUUAGGGGGCUGCUCAGCUUUGCUUUGACAGAUCACAAACCAAAGAGGUUGGGAGCAGGUGGUUUAUGUCAGUUCUCAAAGCUAAAAUGCUGAAAACGUGCUGGUUGCACCUUCUCUGAUUCACUGCUCGUUUUUCUUUGUGUAAUAAUAUGUUAUGUUUUAGACUAUUUGUUGGAGAAAAUGAGCCAUUUGAAGAUGUUGCCUUGGAAAAGGUCAUUUCUGACAUUUUGUUGACAAUUCAUUGAAAAAACAGUCGACACAUGAAUGAAGAGCUCUCUAAUUAAAAGCUCAAGGUGAGGUCUUUAAAUGGCUUGUUUUUGUCUGACCAGCAGCUCAGAAAACUCAGGUUCCAAUCACAUCAGUAACAUCACAGACCAGAUGUCCUGUAACUCUCUGCAGCUGAAUCCUCAUAAUUUCAUACCGCUCACAAAUUCGACAGGAGAAGCUCUGCGUUUUAGCAUUUGACUUUAGCACUUUAGCGUUCGACUCUCAUCCCACUAGUCGAUUUUCGACAUUCAAACUGUUGCUUCAGUUGGAAUUGACAGUAAAAAAUAACUGUUGGCUGCACUAAAUGUUGUUCAGCCCAACUGCAGAGGAGACAACACUCUUCGCCCUGUUUACUGUAGGCAGCCAAAGUGCUUCGACUUCCUUAUCCAAAGUGCUGUUAAAGUGGAAAAGCUGUAUUUUUAGGACUGUACAGUAGUUCUGUCCUAAUUUAUCCUUGUAUUGUAUUGAGAUUGUAAUCUACACCAAAGGCUAUUUAAAAGUAGAUGCAUUUUACUGGCCUUGUACUUAAUCUUCAGUUUGUGCCUGAUGGGUUAUGUUACAAAACAGAGAUGAUAAAAUCUUUAUUGCAUUAUUGCUGUUAUCGCACUGCUACUGAGAGCUUUAUAUAAUCCAAACCUUUUAAGAUAACCUGCAGCCUAUUUGGUAGGUUACUGUGUCUAUUUUCAGUGUGUCUUAUGACAGAGUGCCUACUUACAUACAUGUUGUAGUUAUAUAUGACAGCCAGAUGGUGGCAGUAUGUGUCAGCAGCUGAUAUAGACAGCACUGGAGUGCAAAUGUCAAUCUCAGAAAAGCAUUGAAUUAUGUGCUUUUUACUCAGCUUUAAAGUUCUAACACACUGACACUGUGAUAUACUCUGCACCAAAAUGCCUCUUAGACUUAUACCUCAUUUCUGAAUAUUGGAGCUGUUUAUACUGAAUAUUACUGAGAAAAUAUACAGCAUCCUGUUUCCUAUGAAUGUUUGUCAGUGAGUCUUUUCAUUCUGCUGUAAUCAAUCACUGCUGCUUAAUAAAUGUUGGAAUAAAUGCUGUUUCCAUCCAGACUUAAUAAAAGUA